CUGGCUCUAUCCGGGUGAACGCGCUACAAAGGGAAUGGAAAACGAUAAGAUGGAAAUCUACGAAUCAUUGAUACGCUGGCUGAGCGUACUGAACCUAUCCGCACCCCAUCAAACGGUGCAGGAUCUUUCGGAUGGGGCAGCACUCGCCCAAGCCCUAAAUCAAAUCGCACCGGAAGUUUUCACCGACAGUUGGCUGUCCAAGAUAAAGUCUGACGUCGGCGCUAACUGGCGGUUGAAGGUGAGCAAUCUGCGAAAAAUCAUCGAAGGCAUCUACGUGUACUAUCAGGACGAGCUGAGCUUGAACCUGUCGGAAGAGUUGCGUCCCGAUGCGCUGCAAAUUGCGGAAAAAUGUGAUCCACACGAGCUGGGCCGUUUACUGCAGCUCAUACUAGGCUGUGCGGUAAACUGUCUCGAAAAGCAAAAGUACAUCACCCAAAUCAUGGAGCUGGAAGAAUCGUUGCAACGGAACAUAAUGGCCGCACUGCAAGAUAUCGAGUACAUCUGGCAGGGUGCAUCUCCUUCCCGCAACUCAAUCAACACGACCACCAGUUUGGAUGUGAAAACGUUGCAGGAAGACCGAGACACACUUGCCCAGAAGUGUCACGAAACGAACAAAAAGAUGCUAGGGCUGAUCGAGGAGAAAGCGGCAUUGCAGCAGGAAAUUACUAAGCUGCAAGCUAUCAUCGGGCGGUACGAAAAUCCAAACCUAAUCGGUGACGACGGUACCUCGCUUGGGCCGAUUCAGCUCGGUUCCUCGCGCUACAACGAUCUGCGCAAGCUGGUGGACAGUUUGAAAGAUGAGCUGCUGCAGGCAGAAACGGCUCGAGAUGAUCUGAAGAUGAAGUCGAUGAUUCAGGAGAAGGAGAUCGCCGAGCUGCAGGUACGGAUCGAUGAACUACACGCUGCAACGGCCGAGAUUGCACAGCUUAAGGACGAAAUCGACAUCCUGAAGGAGGCGAACGAGAAGCUAAAAAUCUAUGAAACGCAACUCCAAACUUACAAGAAAAAGUUGGAGGACUAUAACGAUCUACGCAAGCAGAUCAAGCUACAGGAAGAGCGCAGUGCCGACUAUCUGAAGCAAAACCUGGAGUACGAGGAAGAGGCCAAAAAGUACGCCGGACUAAAGGGACAGGUAGAGCUGUACAAGAAAAAGAUUCAGGAUCUGCACGGCAUGUUGGACGAAGAGAUGGGCAAAACAGUGCGUGCGGAGUUUGAGUACAACCAGCUCCAGGGACAGCUGGCGGUUGUGCAGCGAGAAAAGGAAAAUUUCCUCCGCGAGCGGGACACAUUGCGAGAAGCGUUGGAUGAGCUCAAGUGUGGUCAGGCAGCUGGUUCGGGUGGAGUUGGUGGUCAUGGAGCGGGUGGAAACACGAUGUCAAAGGAGCUACAUUCGAACGAUCUGCACGAACGUAUCGAACGAUUAGAGCGUGAAAACAAGGCUUUACGCGAGGGUCAAGGCGGUCAGACGGCACUUUCGCAAUUGCUCGACGAUGCAAAUCAGCGUAACGAAAAACUGCGUGAGCAGCUUAAAUCCGCUAAUCAGAAGAUUCUUUUGCUCAGCCAGCAUCAUACCGAGGAUGGAAUUAGCAAGAGCGAACUGGAAAUGCAGAUGAAACAAACGCUGGAGCUUGGCGAACAAAAUUCCUCUCAGCAGAUGGAGGAAGCGCAACUGCAGCUCAAUAAUUUGCACAGCAAAAUUGCAAGCCUAGAAGCAGCUCUUGUCGGCAAGGACCAGGAACUACAGGCAGCCGAUGUGCGUUAUAAGAAGUGUGUCGAAAAAGCGAAGGAAGUGAUCAAAACACUUGAUGCACACGCAAUUAGUGAAGCACUGCUGAUGGAUAAGGUCGAUUCACCCGGAGGACCCGCUGUGGAUGGUACACUACCGGUAGGAAACGGCAACUCUUCCCGUCCACCGAUGGGCCAACAAGAGGAACAGCUAAUUGCAACCGCAUUCUAUCGGCUCGGGAUGGUCUGCCAUCGGGAAGCGGUCGAUGCACGUUUACUAAGCGGACCAGGACAAAGCUUUCUUGCCCGUCAGCGACAACCGGCGGCAAGAAAACCGCUAAACGCAAAUUAUGGCAAGAAAUGAUCGCUCGUC